GCURMGUAAGCAGGAGUUUCCAAAGCAAACGACGCCGAGUGCACGCGAGACUUCCAGGCUCACUCUGUUGUUGGACGCAGRAUAAAACAUGAAAAGGCAGUGUAUAUAUCGCAUUGUGAUGCUGUUAGCAGUCCUCUUAACUCAAGGUAUGUUAUGUAAAAGUGCAAGCCAUAAGAAUAUUCAUAAGUUGAUGACUCACCAAGAGCUGAGGAGAUUUUUUGGAGCGUCAACCCAUAGUGAAGUACCAGCAUAUGACGUCAUUGAUCCGGAUAAGUGUGUCCAGGAGGGCGAUAUUCUUAGAUGUGGCCCUCAUCAUACUAAACGUGAAGCGGUGAGUUCUGAUGAACACCACUACAGACUGAAAGCCUUUGGUAAAACACUUCACUUGAACCUACGAGAGAAUAAGGAUUUGACCGUACCUGGACUUAUGAUGGAGUCGUACGUUGAUGGUAAAGUCAAAAGAACACCACUAGAACCCAUAACUCACUAUUUUGGACAAGUGAAGAACUAUCCUGAAUCUAAUGUCGCUAUUAGUAGCAGUAACGGGGCUUUGUCAGGACUUGUUCAACUCAAAGAUACUUCAAUGUUUUUGCACCCGCUUCCACACCACUUAGCAAAAAAAUUUAGCAAUGACAAUCCUCAUCUGAUAUACCAAUUCGAUGGACUUCGGUCGAUGGACAACAAAGAUACAAUUUCUAAACUUGCAACACAUAAGCAAGUUCCUAACCUUCUCAACACCGCCAAYAGAAGAAUUAAAAGAGAAGACAGUCCUCAAGAAUAUAUCAUCGAAUACGGCAUGAUUGCAGAUGAAGCAGUGAAAGCCAUACAUGGCAACAGCGAGAGCGCUACUGGGACGUAUCUGUUAUUAAUGGCAAAUGDCAUGAARYGCCUCUUUAAUGAUCCCAGCAUCGGCGAGAAGAAAAUAACAUUGAUCGUCACAAAACUCCACAUCGUGACGAAUGCACAGUUAAACGUAUCUCAAGAUUCUGCCGCAGGAACAAAGCUCUCAGCUCUMAAUUCGUGGGCUCARCAAACAUAUCCAAAUGAAUCUCCGUUUGAUGCCGUAUCGCUCGUUCAUAGCGGCGGAAGUCGAAUAGGAUUGGCUUGGUUGGGUGACAUGUGUAAAAAUCGAAUGGCGCCAUCUAUUUCCUCUGAUCUUGGUUUGCAAACUGCUUUUAAACUGGUUCAUGAGAUUGGACACAACAUGGGUGUUUUACACGAUACGAGUGGCUGUGUCGGUGGAAGCUUGAUGAGUACAACCGUAAGUGGAGGCCCGCUUGGCUUUACAUGGUCAAACUGCAGCAAAGUUGUCAUACAGGCAUUUUUAAGUGGRGAUCAGUCUUCUUGUUUGUUAAAUGCACCCACUAAUGAUGAGCGUCCAGUUCUACCUGCCGACACGAAGUCCUUACUACCAGGCCAAGUAAUGGAUGGUGACAAACAGUGUCAAUUUCAAAUGGGGAGCUCCUACAGACGUUGUUCGCAAAAAUUCAGUGAUUGCAACAAUCUUUACUGUACUAGCAAUAGCGCUACCUGCUCUUCAUACUUGGCUCCUCCAAUGGACGGAACAGCUUGUGGAGUCAGAGAGUGGUGUAUCAAGGGUAUUUGUGUUGAUAAUGGUUCUCCAAGAAUCCAUGGAGGCUGGUCUGCYUGGUCUGACGAUUUCUCCGAGUGUAGCCAAACCUGCGGUGGAGGUGUUCAGUACAGGACAAGAACCUGUAAUAAUCCCGCCCCUAAGAAUGGAGGAAAUCUCUGUSAAGGUCAAGUUGAUGCGAGCAAUGCCGACCAAAAAGGACUAUGGAGAAUAUGCAACACAGAGAAAUGUCCGGAGAACUCCACACCGUACCGUGACUUGCAGUGCUCAGCCAAACGAUCGGAUGUUACGCCACAUUAUUCCGCAGAUGCGCCGCCAUGCGAACUUAAAUGUAAAACUGCAYACCGGCUCUACACUUUCGGAUCAGUCAAUGAUGGGACAAGAUGUUAUAACGACCCAUAUAGAAAUGACGUUUGUAUUGAGGGAGUGUGCAGGACUGUUGGAUGCGAUAAUAUACUGGYCUCUAAUGCAAAGCUUGACCGAUGUGGUCAGUGUGCAGGGGACGGCUCCACAUGUAAACCUAUAAGUAGUGAAUUCGUCAAAAGCAACAGUGGCUGGGCAAGAUAUGGCGAAAGCGAAGCAGAUACUAUUGCCGAACUACCUGUAGGAACUGCAAAUGCACACUUCAAGCAAAGAGCAGCGACAUGGAGUGAGCUAGGAAUAACUGAUGAACAGGGAAAUUACUUGAUCAAAUUGCCAUCCUAUUCAAAAACGGUCUUCAAGGCUGGAACAAAGAUAUCGUACACUCGUAAUUCCGGCGGUGCAUAUGCUGAAGCAUUGGAUAUUACAGGACCAUCAACCAAUCAGAAACUUUUCGUUAAAUACAUUUGGUAUUCCGGCGCCACAGAAGCAGUCGACUAUAGAUACCUUAUAGUAUCCCCAAAUGACACGCAACCGGCGCCAGGCUAUGAAUGGUGGUAUUCAGCAUGGACAACCUGUUCUCGAUCAUGCGCAGUUGGUACACAGACCCGUACAAUUAAGUGCUAUCGUACCGAUGAUAAUAGUUAUGUCGGAAAUCAGUAUUGUAAUACAACGGAAACACCAACGACACAGCAAGAAUGCAACAAAGAUGCUUGCUCAACAGAAUGGUAUUUAACGGAAUGGWCCCCGUGCUCUAAGACGUGUGGUACUGGCCAGCAAACGCGGWCCCUCAAAUGUCGACGAAUGACUGCWCCUUCAACUUACGAAGAUCUUGACCAUAGCCAAUGCAAUGCCGCGUCAAAGCCAAGCGAAACAAAUUUCGAUCAAGAAUGUAAUAAGAUUGCUUGUCCGUCAACAGAAUGGAAGGCUCUUAYUUGGUCAGAGUGCUCCACGACUUGCGGGGAGGGUGUGGCCACACGGCAGGUACUUUGCAUUCAAAUUGACAUUGAUGGUAAGGAAGUAUCCACUGCGAAAGAACUUUGCAGUCRAGAUUUGAAACCAUCCACUUCACAAUCCUGUAAUACUGGCGUCCAAUGCGACGUGUCACCGUCUAAACAUUUUGGUAUCGCAUGUUUCAACGCUGAUCCGAUUCCACUSGAAGAAACCCUUGGUGAUUUUACAAGCACCAUCAACUUAGAUAACACAAAAGAUGUUGUUGAUCAAUGCGCUUCUCUGGCUUACAAUAAAGGCUACAUGUAUUUUGCACUUGGAAAUAACGGAAUAUGUUACUCUGGGCCAAACACCAAAGCAAUUUAUCCAACAGCUAAAUCUUUUGGAGUGAAAAAAGAAAAAUGCGCAGGAGGUGUUGGAAGAGCUGGGCAUUUUUUUGUUUACACAUUUGAACCUUUGCCCUCAUAUUCAUCCCUGGGAUGCUUUGGUGAUCGGACACCUCGUGCUCUUCCUGUGUUAUACGCGUACAUGCGUUCUCAAAUCGAUUGGUACAACCCAGAGAGAACCGUCGARCAGUGCGCUAAGAUAGCACGUGACAUGUCCCAUAAGUACUUUGGAAUCGAGUACUACGGCGAAUGCUACUCGGCAGAAGAGUCCAUUGCUGCGAGUGAUUACAAAAAGUAUGGUUCCAAAAACGAUUGCUGGGAAGGAAUAGGGUACACUUGGCAARUGUCUGUCUACAAAUUUGACUAGAAAAAGCUUCUUGGUGCGAGAGUCACACAAGAUGGAACACGAAAAAUUGAUAUUUAUAAUAAUAUAAUACUUGAACUUAUGGCAUUUUUGUGAAAAAGAGUAAGGGUCUUUAAAAAUAUUAAAAUAAAUGAAGAGUUUAGAAUCGAAACAUCA